AUGGUACCACAAAUAAGUCAAUAUGAUAAUAUCAAACAGAUAUUUGUUUUUUGUGCGUCGAUUGUAUCACAUCUACAUUGGACAAUUGAUUAUACUGAUCGGUUGUUAAAGUUUGAUCAUCCAGAUGAAUUAUUAGAACGUUUAUGGAAUGAAAUGAAACGACAUUUUCGAGAACAAGCUCAACAAUGUAUCCAACAAGCAGAAGAGCUGAAAGAACAAGCGAAGCAAUACAAGCAACCACCAUGA